AUGGCCGGCGGCGAGCCCAUGCGGCGGCCGAUCGCCUACAGCGGGUUAUUCCGGUUCCUCCUCCCCGCGCCGAAGCCCGCCGGCUCUGAGCCGGCCGCCUCCUCCCCUUCCGCGCUCCUCGUCCCGCCCCACCGCCUCAUCGCGCCUCCCGUGCCGCUGCCCCGCCCCCGCCCCGACGAGCGGCUCUUCAUCGUGCCACCCACGCGCCCUUACUGGCUCCCACCUCCGUCUCCGCGUCCGCCGUCGCCGCCCCCGCCCCCGCCGCCCACUCGUUACCCUGCGCGGCGGGUCGGCGACGCCGAGACUAGGGCGCGCAAUGCUGGUGGUUGCUUUGGCGGUCGGAGUGGUCCGGUGGGCCGGAGGUUUGGAGGUUUCGUCGGGAGUGGUGGACGUGCUGGUUUCGGGAGGAGGGUCGGAGGAGGCUUCCUCGGAACUGCGAAUGCUGGCGAGGCCGGCGUCGAGAGGCGGGCGGUGGCGGUUAAGAGGGAGAAGAAGGUGUGGGUCGCCGUGAAGAAGAAGAACAAGGGCGAUGAGGACCAGGCAGCGGCGAUGGGUGCGGGCUAUGCGGGUGGAGAUGAGAGGGACGAACUGGCGGACGUGGACGACGAACCAGGCGACGGCGACACCGACGACCAUUUCGACAUUCCCGCCGAUCGCGAGCUCGCCGGCGGCGGCGGCGGCGAGAAACCAAUAGAGGAGCAGCUCGGAACGCGGCGGCGGUGGGUGGAACGCCGCCAUGACAUCGACGCCUUCACGCCCGGAUUGCUCUCCCUCUACGAAUCCCUCAAGCCAUCAGAGGAGCACAAGGCCAAGCAGAGGCAGCUCAUCGAGUCGCUUACCAAAUCUGUGAUCAAAGAGUGGCCCAACGCCCAGCUGCAUCUCUAUGGAUCGUGUGCCAACUCCUUCGGGACUUCCCAUAGCGAUGUAGAUGUUUGUUUCGAAAUCGACAUUGCUUCAGAGGACACGGCUCAGGUUGUUCUCACAUUAGCCGGGACAUUGCACAAGGAUGGUUUCCACAAUGUUGAGCCUAUUACCAGUGCUCGGGUUCAAAUCGUGAGGAUGACAGAUCCAGGGAGUGGUUUUUCAUGUGAUAUCUGCAUCAACAAAUUCUUUGCCGUUGCUAACACAAAGCUUCUCAAGGAUUAUGCGCAGAUAGACGAGAGAUUGCUUCAGCUGGCUUUAAUUGUAAAGCACUGGGCCAAACUGAGGGGUGUUAACGAAACAUUCCGUGGAACCCUUUCAAGCUAUGCAUACGUGCUUAUGUGUAUUAGCUUCUUGCAGCAAAGAGAGCCCAAGAUUCUGCCAUGUUUGCAGGCGAUGGAGCCAACAUAUAUCAUGGUUGUCGAUGGCACUGAAUGCGCAUACUUCGACGAAGUUCACCAGCUUCAAGAUUUUGGUGCUGAAAACAAGGAGAGCAUCGCGGAGUUACUAUGGGCAUUCUUCCACUACUGGGCAUUCGAUCACGACUACAGGAACGAUGUCAUCUCCGUCCGCACGGGGAACACAAUCAGCAAGCAGGAGAAGAACUGGACGACUCGCGUUGGAAACGACCGCCAUCUGAUAUGCAUUGAGGAUCCUUUUGAGACCAGCCAUGACCUUGGCCGUGUGGUCGACAGGCAGACGAUCAGGAUUCUCAGAGAGGAGUUUGAGCGAGCUGCCAGCAUACUGCAAUACGAUGAUGACCCCUGUGUAGCUCUUUUUGAGCCCUACAACUACAGUUGUGAAUCUUGAUUAUUAGCACAAAGCACGCUUAAGUAAUUAGCUGGCCUGGAAAAUCCAGAGAACAGUAGCUAUUCUAAUUCCAUGUAAUAGUGAGGAUUCAGAAUUCUAGAUAGCAGGAGGCUGGUUAAAACAUUUGGUGCACAGGAGUUCCUCACACAAAUGAAGUUGCUAAACCAACUAAAAAAUAUCAUCAAAGAAUUGCCCUGAAGAUAAGAUAUUUUCAAGAGACCCAAAGAAUCGGUUGCAUCCUGUUGCGGGACCGAGAUCCCCUGCCCAUGAGAGGAUGAGGUCUAUAUGCCAGUUACGGUAAUGUCACUGCCAUAAUAUAUAACCACUACCAUAAUGGUAUUUUUCAGAAUUUCUGCAGCAUCAACAGUUGUUUUUUUUCAUUUUGUGACGUAGAGCUUAUAAGAUAUUGGCUUCUUUUUAGCGGACAAAGGUACUGAAAUUUUUGUUGUUCUUAUCAGAUGUCUGUU